GACUGUGAUGCGCUCGAUGAACUGGAAUCCGGUGAUGCCGAGGUGCCGAGCUUCACGAAGCCACCCGUAACACAGAGAAACCAACACACGCAGCCACUAAAGCGACAUCAGCAGAAGCAGCAGCAGUCACUGUUUCCCACAAUUUCCCUCUACGGCCAGCGCCUCACGAUAAUCAGUGCCCUCAUUGCGUGUGUCGUUGACUGCUACCUAGGUGCUACAACCUCGGGUACAACCGGUGGUCAAGGGUCUCCUAUCAGCACCUCAAAUCAUCAAGAAGCUAUUCAGGGCAUUCGAUUCGGUUUCAUCUGA